UCUCUCAGCAUUCGAAGCUCUUCCUCUUAUAUUAUUUCUCUCCUCUUCGAGCAAAAUUUUCGUUGAAGAAACCAUGUCGACGACCGUGGAGGAGAUCCGUCAGGCUCAGAGGGCCGAGGGACCGGCGACGGUGCUCGCCAUCGGCACCGCCACCCCUGCUAAUGUCGUGUACCAGGCCGACUACCCCGAUUACUAUUUUCGAAUCACCAACAGCGAGCAUCUCGACGACCUCAAGGAGAAAUUUAAGAGAAUGUGUGACAAGUCAAUGAUCCGCAAGCGCUACAUGCACCUUACAGAGGAGAUCCUGAAGGAGAAUCCCAACAUGUGUGCAUACAUGGCUCCAUCACUGGAUGCCCGACAGGAUCUGGUGGUCGUCGAGGUCCCGAAGCUUGGCAAGGAGGCAGCUACCAAGGCCAUCAAGGAGUGGGGCCAGCCCAAGUCCCUGAUCACCCAUCUCAUCUUCUGCACUACCAGUGGCGUUGACAUGCCCGGGGCCGACUACCAGCUUACCAAGCUGCUCGGCCUUCGCCCCUCCAUCAACCGCUUCAUGAUGUACCAACAGGGUUGCUUUGCCGGUGGCACUGUGCUCCGCCUUGCAAAGGAUCUUGCCGAAAACAACCGCGGUGCUCGUGUUCUUGUUGUUUGCUCCGAGAUCACUGCUGUCACCUUCCGAGGCCCUUCCGAGUCCCACCUUGAUAGCCUUGUUGGUCAGGCGCUCUUCGGUGAUGGUGCUGCAGCCCUGAUCGUCGGCGCCGAUCCCGAUCUAGCCAUCGAACGACCGCUUUUCCAACUUAUCUCAGCUAGCCAGACCAUCCUCCCUGAUUCUGAAGGAGCCAUCGAUGGUCACUUGAGAGAAGUGGGGCUUACCUUCCACCUACUGAAGGAUGUGCCUGGGCUGAUAUCGAAGAACAUCGAGAAGAGUUUGGUUCAGGCUCUACGGCCAAUUGGGAUCAAUGACUGGAACUCUAUUUUUUGGGUGGCACACCCAGGAGGACCGGCAAUACUAGAUCAGGUGGAGGAGAAGGUGGGGCUCAAGAAAGAGAAGAUGAGGGCAACAAGGGAGGUGCUGAAGGAAUAUGGGAACAUGUCGAGUGCUUGUGUGCUGUUUAUACUCGACGAGAUGAGGAGGAGGUCAACGGAGGAAGGGUUGGCGACGACCGGCGAGGGGUUGGAGUGGGGAGUACUCUUUGGGUUCGGGCCGGGCCUCACGGUCGAGACUGUAGUGCUGCACAGCAUGCCCAUUACUUCCCGUUGAGCUCUGUAAGCUCUGCCUGUGCCUCAACGAAUGGCUCUAAUUGUGACCCUCCGCACUUCUGCAUGGUCUAGUGGAUGAUUUCUAUGUUUCAUUUUACAGUUGAUAUUUUAAUAUUAUGUUUUGGUGGGACAAAGAGAGUGUUAAGCUCUAAUUGUUUUAAGAAGUAUGAAAUUUGAUGAGAUUUGUUAAAAUACAAGUGGUAUUCUAUUGCUAUAUCUUGUGUACUGUUUUUCUCUGUAUUAAUACUAUUUUGAAGGACUCACCCUCCCUAUAGUGUCAAG